GCUGUGGUUGUAGACAGACUGGGCCACAUGUCUUGCCAUACUAUACUGUAGCUCUGAGCUGUGUGCAUUAGGUUGCUGUGAGCUGCUACAAGCACAAGAACUCCACAUGGCAUCCAGCAAGCUCGGGAUGCGCAUAAUGUGCUGCCUGCUAAACGUGUCAGAGGCCAGGAAUAAAGACGUUGUCGAGAGAAUUGCGAGCGCCGCUUUGUGUGACGGUCACGGUGGAAAGCAUCCGGAUACAUCUGUGCUGAACGUGUUCUCCAAUUAUGGCUACAACAGGUCGGUCAUUACAGUCGCCUCUACCGACGAGCAGAUAGGGAAGUCUGUGGUGUCUGCGUGCGCGGAAGGCUUUGCGAGUAUCGACCUUUCCCUACAUGACGGCAUACACCCGUGUCUUGGUGCCAUCGACCUCAUACCCAUCUAUCCUUUAUCAGGAGUAACACUGGAGCAGUGUGGCCAGGUUGCCCGAGGUAUCGCCGAGGAGCUGGUCAAACAGGUUCCGGGGACCAGCGCCUUUCUUUUCGGUUACGCAGAUGGCGCAGAGAGGAAGACUUUGGCGGAUAAAAGGAGAUCGCUGGGAUGGUUUAAGAAACACUCAGAAAUCCACAUGGAUGCAUUAAAAGCGGAUGUUGGAAAGAAACCGUCUAGAAGAUACGGAAUAACAGGUGUUGGCGCAAGCCCUUAUGUGAUGAACUGCAACGUCACUCUGGAUACACAGGACUUGUCCUCCGGAAAAACAAUAGCAGCUGCCAUCCGCGGCCGCACAGGAGGACUUAGAGGAGUGCAAGCGAUGGCCUUCCCAAACAAUGGGCGCAUAGAAAUAGCGUGCAACGUUGAGAGUUUCAGAGACAUCCAAGAUUCCAUCUCCGCAUCUGAAGCAAGCCAGUGCGUGUCAUACUAUACUGGGGAAGAAACGUUCUCUUACACCUCCCCCCUGCAUAUAGAAACUGAAAUCCAGGCGUUAGCAGCCCACCAAGGCAUCAAAACUGCAGGAACCGCCCUUGUCGGAUUCACUCCCCAGGAAUGCAGGUCCACCGCCGAGUACGCCAUAUCGCACGGAAUAGGCCAGUUCUGGAAACGUAGGAGAGAGAUUUCUAUGUGAAGAAACCAAAUGUGAUUAAAUGAGAAUAUUGCCUGUGUUUAAUCAUAAAUUAGCAGCUUCAUACUGUG